GUGAAAGAGUAGUAAAUAGACCACAGACAAUGUUUAACUUAAAAGUUGUCGGGUUAUUGUUUUAUUUAAAUCGAAUAAUAUUCGGUAAGAUUUGUGAAAUAUUACUAAUAAAGAACAGUAGGCCAAACAAAAACUAAUUACCGGAAGAAAUCAAGAGAAAGCUGAGUUAAAAAUAGAGAACAGGUCUUUCGGACUUUUUAUACCCUCCACCACACAGCUCACAAUGGCCACCAAAAUCUACGGAUACCAAUCCGUUCGAAGGAUUGGUCGAUCACCUCAAGCAAAGGCCUCGCCGGGAAUGGGGCAAAAUACCGCAGAGCAACAUUCGGGCAGCGUGUGACGGUGUCAUUGGCCUUUUGAAGGCCAUAAUUUCUGUUUCUUUCAUUCAAUAAAAUCAAAAAAAGUUAUAAAAAUUAUGACGGUUGACUUUGUUGCAGCUUUUUUUAUCCUUAAUAAUAUUUAAUUUUAAUUUGUAUCAAAAAAAUAAAUAAAUAAAUAAAAGUUCUUAUUUUUCAAUAAAGUGUACUCUUGGGACGCCAUUUGUCCGGGAAAAUAUUAUGUACCCUUCGAUGGACACAAUUCUGAUUUUCAAAUCAGAUCAUUUACUGAAAUGAAUUUGAAUCAGUUCAGCCGGCAUCCAAUUGAUGGUACAGUGGAGAAUAAUGGCCGUGGCAUCUCGGCUAAAUUCGGAUACAAAGACGGACAGAGACCGACUAUAUCAAAAGGUCCUCUUGGCAAUGAAACAUAUCGUUUGGAAUUUAUGUACCUGCAUUGGGUGGAUAGCACGAUUGCCGAGCGUAUCUACCAUCCGAAAAAGUUUGGCGGCAAAGGAUCCCAUACGCAAGUUGAGUUACAUAUGGUCUUUACCCAUGUCAAUUGUGGAGGAAACAUCGAAAUGGCCAAAAAGACAAACUUUGGACUUGCGAUUUUAUCCUUUAGACAUGAGCUGGACCCAGAUGUGGUGUUUGACAACCCACUCUACAAUGCCUUGCCGAAUGUUAUUAAGCCACACAAGAAAUGGACAUGGAGAAAUGGUUCUUCAAUAACCGAAAUAGCUCAUGUCUCCCACACCUAUCUUGUUUAUUUAGGAAAGAGUGUUUUUUCAUCGCCCUCGCCAAAGGGUGAGUGCAGCGCUGAUGUUAUAUGGUUUGAAAUGGAGAACCAUAUAAUAAUUUAUCCAAAUACGAUGACAACGUUUGGCCAGCUCACAUCAGCCGAUGGAACAUGGUACGGAAAUAAAACGACAAAUACCGGAAUGCAGCCGAACUCAUCUAUAUUUAGAACAUCGUUUUUGUUAAAUGAUAAUGAGGAAUACGAGACUUUUGAAGGAUAUCCAAUCGAAGUCAUUCCUGGAGGCUCCCGGCAAUUGCGAGCGUGGAUGGCACUGAACAUAAUGCAGUUUAUUUUACUUAAGUUAAUUCAAAUGAAAGUAUGCGGAGUUGCGGGGAAAAUUGUAUAAGUUUCAGAAUUAAAAAAAGUAAAC